CUAGCAUUAAUGACGUGAAAAACGAGUUCGCGUUAUUAAAAUGCCGUUUAAAUUCCAUUUGAAGAAGAGUCGACAGUACAAUGUGGUUUCAAAGAAUCAGUAUGUGAUCUGCAUUGAACUACUGGACACCACUUCCAUAGAGUGCACAUUGAGCAUUGACAGUCUUGGUCAGGAAUGUUUGGACAAUGUGACUCAACGCUUGGGCUUAGGACAGCCUGAAUUCUUUGGUCUAAGAUAUAUUUCAAGACAUGAUUCUCCAUCUCCAAAAUGGGUUGACAUGGAUAAGCCAUUGAAAAAACAAUUGGAAAAGGAGGCCAAAAAUUUCAGCCUUUAUCUGAGGGUCAUGUUCUAUGUUACAGAUGUGCAACUUAUUCAAGAUGAAAUGACAAGGUACCAUUAUUAUCUUCAGUUAAAAAGUGAUGUCUUAGAAGGUAGAUUUCAGUGCAAUUCUAGGCAAGCUACUCUAUUAGCAAGUUAUUCAAUGCAAGCAGAAUUUGGUAAUUAUGAUGCAGAGAGGCACACAAUGGAAUGCUUGCAACAAUGUACAUUGUUCCCCAAGGAUGUUAUUCAGGCAGAUCCUGGGGGCCAAGAUUCUCUUUUGCAUACUGCUGUAUGCCAAUACAAGAAUCUCGUCGGUGUUACUCAAGCUGCUGCAGAGGAACUUUACAUUUCCAUUGCUAUGCAGCUAGAAGGUUAUGGAAAUGAAACAUUCUCUACUAAGGACAAUGGUAACAACGAGGUGAUACUAGGAAUUUCUAUCAAUGGGAUCAUGGUUGUUUAUCCUAAUACACAAACGACACAAUUCUACAGGUGGAAGGACAUAAGUAAUGUGAUCAAUCACAAAAAGACGUUCAGAAUAGAGUGUCAAGCAGAGGGCGAGGAGCCAAAACAAUUCAUAUUCACAGAGUCACGCAAUGCAAAAUAUGUGUGGCGCUUGUGUAUAGCGCAGCACACAUUUUACAUGCAGCAUCAAGAAUCUCGGCCAAUAGAGCGAUCGACCAACGGCUAUUUCGACAGCGACACGAACGACUCGGGUGAUCACGCGGUAUCGGUAAAUUUGGACAACAGAAACGCGGAGGGCCACACGAGGUGGACCAGUUACAACGAUCUCUCCACAUCACCAUAUCCUGUCGUGUCCGUAUCUUCCACUGACAUCAACAACUUACGUGCCUUACUCCCGUCCUACAGACCUGCGCCUGAUUACGAAACCGCUGUCCAAAUGAAAUACAACAACGGAGGAAACCCACCUCAGCCUUACUAUGCUAAUCAAUCAACGAUCGUCGGUGCAGAUAUUUCGUGCCUUCUUGGUAACGUUGUUAAUCGAAGUAGAUAUUAAUGUUUUUAACGAGUUCUAAAGUCUAUUGUUAAAGGUUGUAGCGAACAAGAAAAACAAUCGUCCCGAGUAUAAGUGUUAUGUAAGAAACAGUAUUUUUUAACAUUCACAUACACACACAUAUACACACGCCUUUGUAAGGAGUAAUAGGAAAUCCUAUAGAGAUUAAUGGUAAAGACUGAC